CCGAUGCGCAACGCGGCUCGCAUGCGCGCCGCCUGCUUCCUUUCAUUUGGCGGAGGCAGCUGGUCGCCGAUGGUGAGAUGUUGCGGCGGAAACCGACCCGGCUCGAACUGAAGCUGGACGACAUCGAAGAGUUUGAGAGCAUGAAGAAAGAGCUGGAAAAUCAGAAAAAGCAACAGCGAGAGGAAGGAGAAAUGGUGAGUUCCAGUGACGUUGACAGUGCAAAUGGAGCAAGAGAUGAUGCCAAAGUGCGAGAGAAGAUAAACGAGCGAAUUGGAUAUCGGCCAAACUCUCACGUCAACAAACCUUUCUCUUUGUUUGGGAACCUCCACUGACGGAUGCCCUAUUGUUGGGGUACGAGUUCAGAAUCUGUACCUGAUUUGUUUGAGAUUGUGAACUUGAAGACACGCAACUGUUGGAGUAAACUUGGUGCACUACUGUGCUUUCAGCAAGGGUGGCAUUGAAUGGGAUUAAAAUGGAAUGAAGCUCACUUAGCUCGGUAACCACUUCUGUAAAUACAUUGAUUUGGAUCUGACUUUCACUUGCUGUGACUCGUGUGAAUUCCCUCUGAUUGCUCAUUCAUAUUGGAUCUUGCAUUCCAACGGGAUUAUUUCAAGGUACCUCACCCGAUCUUCACCUCUGAUUAAGGUUCAGAAGUGGUAAUGGGCACAGGUUUUCCAAUCGAGUUAUAUUAGCAUUAUUAAUUUCUAAAUUAGUCGUAAGAAAUUCCAUGGUUAACUUAGUUCCCUUCAGCUGAACCUGAUUGCUAUUUGAUUAGAAAUAGCCUAUGUUGGGUGGUAAUGGGGACAAGCUCCCACUACCUAUUAAAUGCUCCCAAUGGCCUGCGCCUCAAAUGGCCUCUUGAGAACCAAGUCCAGCUCCUGACCUUCACAUGUGGUUUAGCUAUUUAGCCCGGUGGAACAGUUUCUACUGAGAAGAGGAGGGGCAAAAGUGGGUUACUGGCACCUUAAACCCAGCUGCUUCGGUUAGAUGGGGCUCCUCAUCUAGGAGAAGGAAAACUGAUCUCAAACCUCCACUGCCUUGUGGCUAUACCAACUCAUGGGGAAGGCCUCAGGAGUAAACCCCGAGGGGAAAAAUCUGGAGCUGGAGUCCCUGAGGCAGUCCUACAUUGAGUCAAUGCUGACUGGCAACUCCUGCAACACUGCUGGUACUGAACUGUAUCAGUCUCUGCCAUUCCUUUGGAUUCAUCAGAUGUGUGGAGAGGGGGAGCUUGCUACGUGGGCAACAGCUUGCUCUCCAUAUCGUACUACUCAAGCUUACAUAUCUAGGCGGCUAUGACAAAAUAUCCAGGGUCGACGCUGACCAAGGAGGUCCUCACCUCUCCAAUGGCAUGUUCGGGGGGAAUAAUCACACCAAUGAACUGACAACCAUAAAAAUCAAGUGAAUUUAUUUUGAUGCCAAGGAAUCAGUGGUUGAAAAGAUUAAAGUUUUAUAAUUGACCAGCAUGAAAUAUUUCAUUAAAUGAUUUGUUUUUUGUG